CAUGGCCGCGCGCUUGGUUCACGAGGGGACGUUUCCUGCGUCACUGCCGGAGAAAACCGAACACACCCGAACAGCCAGGUAUGUAAACAAGGUCAGAGACUGCAGCACGGACACUGACGAGUCAUCCCAUGUUCCUGGGCCUGACUGUCUCUAAAACAGAAGGAAACGACAGUAUUUUACCGAACCACCAGGGGAGACAGGUUACAGAGCUGCCACAAUGUUGCAGUGUUUCCACUUCAUGGUGAAACCGGCCAAAGACUUCACGGCCAAGAUAAAGGAAACACAGAAAAAAGCCAAGAAGGACAAGAGGGAUCUUCUUGAUGAGGAUCAGCUGUUUGUUCUGGAUCUGGCGAGAGAACUCAGCCGAGUCUGUCAGAGGUCUGCGGUGCUGGAGCACAUCUGGAACCUGGAUGACAUCUGGUCAUCUUCUCUUUGCAGGGUUUUUAUCCUACAAUGGGCCUUGAUGCUGGAAAGCAAGCAGCAGAAGACAACCAUGCAGCCUGAUGGCUGGUCAGAGGUGGACGUCGGAAUACUGCCCGACAUGAUAAAUGAUCAAGAUGUGCUGCAGGCUAAAAACAAUCUUCUCAACUGGAUCAAGGACCUGAGAGCUCAGCCUGAGCAAAGUGUUUGGCCUGGGGAGCCUGUGGCAAAAGUGCUGGAGGACCUACAGUCAGCCUGGCGUUGGGGCCGUGUACCCAAUCUGCUGACUGCUAUGGAACUGGCCAUGUGGGCUUUAAUGUUGCAGCAGCCCAAUAAGGAGACCAUCCCUCAGCAGUGGCUCAUGUGGAAGCAGAAGAACCAGAAUAUUGGUGCCAUAUCCUAUAUCCCUCAACCAGUGUGGGACUGGAUCUCAGAUGCUGCAGUUGAGGUGACUCUGGAUCUGGACACAGCCAACCCUGAUCUGCUUAUCUGCAGCGAUGAGAAGAGGAUGCGCUGCGGCUUUGAGAGGAAGGAUAUUCCCAAUUACCACCAACGCUUCGACGGCUGGUGGUGUGCCGUAGGAGUUCAAGGAUUAGGAUCCGGUCGCCACUACUGGGAGGUGGAGGUGGGCGAGCGGGACUGGCGCCUGGGCGUGGCUAAAGAAUCGGCGCUAAGGAAAGGCUUCAAAUCCCUAAACACCGACACAGGCUACCUGACCAUACGUCUGGAGAGAGGCACUGAGCUGAAGGCACUGACUGUGCCCUUCACUGCCCUGCCAGACGGUCUCAUCCCCCGCAAAGUGGGCAUCCACCUUGACUAUGACCGCGGCCAGCUCUCUUUCUACGACGUAGACAAACACGUACAUAUUUACACCUACAACGAGAGCUUCAAUGAGAAGCUGUUCCCACUCUUUGGUACAGUAGAGAUCAUGAAGGACCUGGUCAUCAGGUCUCUAGCACCAAAGAGUCAGUGUCUCUGGCCUGCAACUUGUUUCUUCUGACUUUUCUAGCUCUAAAACCCACUUAACAUCCUAGAAAAGUUUCAGAUACUGGUUUUGCAUCUGUAAUCAGUCUAAAAAAAUUCCUAGAUUAUACAAUCAUUAGAUGCUCUAGUCUGUGACUGUGCUCUAAACACUGCUGCUGCUUCAAUGUGAUUGUUGCUACCACAUUAUAGAUGAGGGGUUAUCCUCUUACCCUUUACUCAUCUGCAUAAUGAAAUUUCAUACUGUAUGUUUCAAACAUGUAGUAAUAAUCUACUGUACUGUGCAAUAUUAACCCUGCAUUGAAAAUGCACUAUGUGAACAAAAAUAAACCAAAUAUGACAAAGUUAAUCAG